AUGUUCUACAGACAAGGCGUGCCCAUCGGGUAUGUCGCCAUCAUGUUGGCCUUGGUGGCCUCCAUGGGAGGUUUCAUCUUCGGUUAUGACACGGGCCAGAUCUCCGACAUCCUGCUGAUGGACGACUUUGUCCUCCGCUUCGCCCAAUGCCAUACCCCGGGCGACCUCUCCACCUGCAAAUUCAGCGUCGUGCGCGAGGGCCUCAUCGUCGCCCUCCUCUCCAUCGGCACCCUCAUCGGCGCCCUCGUCGGUGCCCCAACCGCGGACUUCCUCGGCCGCCGGCGCGCGAUGCAAGUCGAGUGCAUGGUCUUCAUCGUCGGCGUCAUCAUCCAGAUCACCACCUUUUCCGUCUGGGCCCAGUUCGCCGUCGGGCGCCUCAUCAGCGGUUUCGGCGUCGGCGCGCUGAGCGCCGCGGUGCCCAUGUACCAGGCCGAGACCGCGCCCGCACAGAUCCGCGGCACCCUGACCGCGACGUACCAGCUCUUCAUCACGUUCGGUAUUUUGGUUGCAUACUGCAUCGCCAUCGGGACGCGCUCGCUGUCCGGCGCCAGCUCGUGGCGCACCGUCGUGGGCAUCGGCCUCAUCUGGCCCGGGAUGCUCAUGAUCGGCAUCCAAUUCAUGCCCGAAUCCCCACGAUGGCUCGCAGCACACGGCCGCCUCGCCGAGGCGCGCCUCGCGAUCGCGCGCGUGCGCGGCGUGCCGGCGGAGGAGGCCGACGCGCACUACGUUAUCCAGCGUGAGGUCGAGGAGAUCCAGAAUAAGGUCGAGUACGAGUCAAAGGUCCGCGGCGGCUGGCUCGACUGCUUCCGCGUGCAGAACAAGACGCUCUACCGCACGCUCCUCGGGAUGGCGCUGCAGAGUUUGCAACAGCUGACGGGCGCGAACUAUUUCUUCUACUACGGCGCGACGAUCUUCCAGUCCGUCGGCAUCCAGGACUCGUUCGUCACGCAGAUCAUCCUCGGUGCGGUCAACUUUGUGUGCACGUUCGGCGGCCUGUACGUCAUGGAGCGGUUUGGGCGCAGGGGGCCGCUGAUCGUCGGCGGGCUGUGGCAGAGCGCGUGGCUGUUUGUGUUUGCGGCCGCGGGGACUGCAAAGGUCCCUUCAGAGAACCCAGGAAUCGGAAAACUCAUGAUCGUCUCUGCGUGCAUGUUCAUCUUCGGCUACGCCAUGACGUGGGCUCCCGGCGUGUGGAUCCUGAUCGGCGAGACCUUCCCGACGCGCACGCGCGCGAAGCAAGGCGCGAUCGCGACGGCGUCCAACUGGCUGUGGAACUUUUUGCUCGCGUUCUUCACGCCGUUCAUCACGCGCAACAUCCAGUUCCGGUACGGGUUCGUGUUUGCGGCGUGUAACUUGCUGGGCGCGGUCGUGGUGUACUUCUUCCUCUACGAGUCGAGCGACAUCUCGCUCGAGGGCGUCGACCAGAUGUACAACGACCCAAAGUGCAAGCCCUGGACGUCGCGCGCGUGGGCGCCGCCGGGGUACAGCUCGCGCCUGGACCUGAUCGAGCAGACGCGCGCGGCCGAGGCGCACAAGCCGCUCAGCGGCGCGCAGGAGGAGCGCAUCGAGAAGGCGUACGAUACCGCGGGCGCGGGGCCCAGCACGGGCGACGGCGCCUACAAGGUGUGA